AUGCUGUCCAAUACCGACUUACAGCGCCUACUGGAAUCCGAUGGCGACAUCGAGGAGGUCAAGGCCGAGCCGAAGAAUGCUGAGCCUGAGCAGCCCGAGCCCAGGUGCAAGCCGGAGGCCACCAGCGAGGUGGUCCUUUGCGAUGGCGGCGUGAGGAACACUGUGGUGCAAAGGGCAGCAGCCGCGGGCGCCCGAAUAGGUGAUGGCUGCAUCAUUGGCUAUCGCACAGCCGAGGGGCAGCCCCUGAAGGAAGCUGAAAUUGGCAGUCCUUCCCUGCCCUGGGCAUUGGAAGUUACGGCCCGCAGAGUUCAGGUGGGUGACGUGGUUGACGUCGUGGGCAUCGGCGAGCAUGCCCUCGCCGACGACGAGGACAGCGUGCACGACUCAAAGUGCCCGGAGCGUCGAUGGAGGUUCGAAAUUGCAACCGUCCGCGGCAGCCAGCGCGACAAGUUCCGCAUGUCCGUGGACGAGCGAAUAGACAUGGCGACCCAGCUUCGUGAACGAGGCAAUGCAAUGCUCAAGAGAGGACGCCUGCAGCGAGCAGCGGACUACUACGAGAGGGGGUCAUCCCUCAUGGAUGUCAUCGAAGCAGAAGACAUGGGAGGUAUGGGAGGUAUGGGGGGCAUGGGGGGCAUGGGGGGCAUGGGUGCGAUGGGCGGAAUGAAUGGAAUGGGUGCUGGCAUGGGAGGUGGAAAAAAGGAUGAGAAGGCAGUGGCAAACAACAAGCGUAUUCGCGACUGUCAGAAGCCGAUCCUUCUGAACUGGGCUCUUGUUCUCAUGAAGAGGAGCCAGUGGCAAGAAGCGGAGCGGAAAUGUGCCGAAGUCAUUCUCGAUAUCGACAGCUCGUGUGUGAAGGCUUUGUUCCGAAGAGGGCAGUGCCAGGUUCAGCUCGGCAACUUGGACGACGCCAAGAAGGACCUUUUGCAAGCACGGGACCUGGACGACUCCAUCGCAGGGGACGUGGAAAAGGAGCUGGCGAAGCUCAAGCGCCAGCAGAAGAUCCUGGACCGACAAGAUCGUGGGUGGGCCCAGAAGGCAUUGCAGAAGGGCCUUGCCGACACACGAUCAGCGAAUUCAGCGAGCAAUGGCAGCAAUGGCUAUCCCAAGCCUGAGGGCGCAGACAAGGAAGAUGACAUCGAGUGUAGCAUCAAGGACUCCCGCUGCCUCUGUGUUUUGGGCCUAUUGCUAACGAGCGCUGUCCUUGGUGCCGUGAUCCGACUUGUGUGCAUCGCCGGAGCGUGGCUCGAGCAACUUCUAGGAGAGUGCGGGAGAGUUCGAUUUUUCCUGGCUUCGCCUUCGGAAUCUACAGUGAAGGAUCAGCAUGGAGAAGCGAGGGAGAUGAGCAUGCUGAGAGCCAUCAUCGGAUUUGCAGCCAGCGUCGGCUCACGGGCACAGGGUAACGAAGCAUGUUGGCGCGUUGGCUUCUCUUACAGCUACUGCUGCACUCCACGUAAUCCUGAAUGCUUUGACUCCAUGUACACCUACGAGGUUUGCUGUCUGAAUGAUCAAAGGGGUUCCCAACUGCCAAAGGACUGCCAUCGUGCAGAAGACUUGCAGAGUCUUCCGCGUCAGUUACAGUGUCGCGGAACGCGUUGGGUGACCGCCGACGAGUGGGCUGGGUUCUUCUGGGCGCAUCAGUUGUCACAGGCGCUGGGAACCUCAUUUCUCGGCUGGCCUAACGUGUCGGCACUGCUCGAAAAGGCCAACCGUAGUGUGCAGGCAAGGCAGGCCAGUGAAGAAGAUUGCGUUUUUGGUUUUGCGGCCGUGAUUCUUCACAGCUUGCCGGGAAUUGAGAGAGAGGUGGGCAGUGAUGCUGCGAGAAGAGCGAGCCACCACGCCCAACGCCUGUUGCAGCAAGCAAGUGGCCUGGAAGACUGCCGCUGGCUGCAAAUGGUAAACCACGACAUGUUCGGCCACUACAAUCUGGUCAUGGGCUUGGAUGUGCGGUUCCAGGGCUGGUGCCCAGAAAAGGCUCCGCGAAUUUACGUUUACGAUAUGGGAGACCUGGCCGACCGGCCGCUCUCCUGUGCUCGGAUCGGCUUCUGGGGCUCGGAGGUCUACGUGGACCGCUUCCUCAAACACUCUGGCUGCCGCACCCGCGAUCCGGAGGCUGCAGACUUGCACCCUGACCGAAUCUUUGGUAUUCUUUGGUGCUGUUUGGUGCUCCGUGGCACUGUGCUGCACCUGUCCUUGUUGUUCUUCAUCCCCCUGUACCUGACUUGCUGGGAGCUGCAUGUGGGCAAGCGGCUCUCGGAAGAGGGACAGCGUACAGCAAUGGACGACAUGCAUGACCGCAUUCUGCGUCUUCCCUACCUGCAGAGGAAGGAAGGAAUGGACCACGUGUUCCUGUUCGGGUCGUCCGUGUGGCAGCUGAAGAGGUGGCGAGACCUGUUCCCCCGAUCGAUCCUGCUCGUUGUGGAGUCCGAGCCCAUCGAGUCUGACGGCACCUCUGCGACAGCGACUGUUUGCUGGCACUGCAAGGACUGUUUCCAACCCUGGAAAGACCUUGUGGUGCCCCCGCUGACGCCGCUGACCGGCACGCGCAGCAUGAUGUCGAGGUCCAAGCCCUUUCAUGAGCGUGAGUUCCUCAUGACUUGGAGGGGCCAGCACGCGGAGUCCGGGCUCCCAGAGGUGCGCCGCGCCUACACGAUCACCAACGAGACCGUGCGCACGGCGCUGAUCCACAACCUCAGUCACCUUCCAAAUGUUUCCAUCGGUUCGCCGGUGUCUGGCUACGCAGACUUGAUGGCCAGCUCCAAAUUUUGUUUGUGCCCCAAAGGAGCCAGCUCAUACACCUCACGGGUCUUCGAAGCUUUGUUUGCUGGUUGCAUUCCCGUGAUUCUGUCCGACCACUUGCGUCUGCCCUUUGAUCACGUGGUGAAUUGGUCCGAAUUCAGCAUUCUGUGGCCCAUGGCGAAGGCGGAUCUCAGUCUCUACGACUACCUCCAAGGCCUCCUGGAGCACGACACCGCAAGAGUCCUCGAGCUGCAACGCCGAGGGGGAGAGUUGCGCUGCUGGUUCGACUACUUCUCGCAGGAGAAGGACCCGCAGGAGUGCUCUCCAUAUGCUGCGCUGCUGAGCGGUCUCAGCCAGCGAGUUACCGGGCUGCUUCUUAGUGCUUCCCUUCUUCGCAAUUGCAUCCAGCGCUGUCAUCUGUCCUCCCUUGCCCUCCUGUCUUGGCUGAAAUGA